AUGGUCUCCUUUCUUCAGUAUGUCAGCAGCACGUGGAUACAGAAUGAGAUGUGGCCAGUCGCUUCGUGGUCCGUCUUCGGCCACUCUAUCCGUACCAACAACGAUGUCGAGGGUUGGCACGCGAGGUUCAAUCGACGGGCAAAAAAGGGAAACUUGCCUUUCUACCUGCUUGUUGAACUCCUGUACAAAGAUGCACAGGAAAUUCCAAUAAUGUGCAAGUUGGUGAAGGAAAGGAAACUGUGCCGCUACCAACGAAAGGCUACAACAUUGACACAAGGCCGGCUCAUGAAGCUUUGGGCGGAAUAUUCUGCUAAUGAGUUGACAACAAGCAGUCUGCUCAAAGCAUGUGGGAGACUGUAUGGGCCUGUUUAA